ACCAUCAUCUUCAUCUUCAUCAUCACAGACAUGUUCACUGAGGUGGAGAUGGGACCGAGUUCAGAGUAAAAAUAAACCUCUCUGUCAUCAUCAUCACCAUCAUCAUCACCACAGCUCAACAGCGCCCCCAGUGCUCCUCCUGGUGACCUGCAGCUCCUCUCACUCACUUAUGUUUCUGAGUUACACUGUUGUUUCUAUCGGCCAUCACACACACAGCAGCCUCAGAGCCUCAGACCCGGAGCAGGGGGACUUAAAUCCGCCGAACAUCUCACUUUAUCACCGACAGACAGACAGACAGCUGAUGCUGAACGCAACACGACAUCUGAGCUUAUCUGGGUUAAAACAAACGUAAAACCUCCGCCUGCCCCGCUCAGGAUCAGACCAUCUUUAAAUCUGACAACAGACUAAACUCCUCCGAUAAAUCCUCGAGGACCGGAGCUUCUUCCAGGCGACACAUCCGUUUUAUAGUUUAUUUUGGUACCGCCCCCCCCCCCCAUCAGUCCCUAAUGGCGGAGCAUCUGUCCCAGAGUGAGCUCGACUAUCCCUUCAAACUGCUGGAGUAUUUCAACGGCUUCAGACUGUCAAAGGUGAUAUUCUCAGCCUGUGAACUCGGAGUCUUCGACCUCCUGUUAAAGUCUCAGGAGCCGCUCAGCGCUCAACAUGUGGCUCAAGAGCUCAGAACCAGUGAGGAUGGGAUGGAGAGGCUACUGGACGCACUGGUGGGCAUCGAGAUACUGGAGGUGGAGAACAUGGACGGGACAGCUGUGUACAGCAGUACAGACGUGGCAAACCUGUAUCUGGCCAAAGGAAGCAGCAAGUCUCUGCACGACAUGAUCAUCUACCAAUCACAGACCAUCUACCCUCUGUGGAACAACAUGGUGGACGCUGUCAGGGAGGGCAGGAACCAGAAUGAGAAGACCUUCGGCCUUCCUCCAGAGGAUGUCUUCCAGGCCAUAUACAGGUCAGAGGAGGAGAUGCUGAAGUUCAUGGGUCUGAUGAACUCCUCCUGGGUUCUGGAUGGACACGACAUCGUGACGGCGUUCAACCUCUCCUGCUUUCAGAACAUCGUUGAUCUGGGAGGAUGCACUGGGGCUCUGGCCCAUGAGAUGGUGAAGGCGUACCCGUCCUCCUCCGUCACGGUGUUUGACCUCCCGCAAGUGGUUGAGAUGGCCCAGAAACAUUUCUGUCAGGAGGACGACGCCGUGCUCUUCCAGAGCGGAGAUUUCUUCAGCGGUGAGGUUCCUCCUGCUGACCUCUACAUUCUGGCCCGAAUCCUCCAUGACUGGCCUGAGGAGAAGUGUCUGACGCUGCUGAGGAAGAUCUACCACACCUGCAGGCCAGGUGGCGGCGUCCUGCUGGUGGAAGCCAUGCUGUUUGAGAACAGACGAGGGCCCAUCAUGACUCAGAUCUUCUCCCUCAACAUGCUGGUGCAGGCGGAGGGACGGGAGCGCCCGCCGUCCGAGUACACACGCAUCCUCAACAAGACCGGCUUCCACAACAUCCAGUUGUGCCGCACGGGCAAGUCUUACGAUGCCAUCCUGGCCAUCAGAUGAGCUGGAGACAGGUGGGAGAAGGAAGUGCUGGAGACAGGUGGGAGGAGUCUCAGAGGAAGUACAGGAACUUUUCAAAGACUUGAGAGGGUUUGUAGGAUGACAUGAUCUGAUCAACUCUGAACACCAAAAUGUUUCCUGUCUCAGAGUUGACGGAGCUCCAGUUUCCUUUGUGACGACACGUCAGCCUGUUUUUAUCGUAUCUCCCCGACAGACGUUUCUCUGGACCGAAGCUGCUGCAGGAAGUUUCUGAUCAGUGUCUGAAACACAUCUGUGGAAACAAACAGAAACUCUUCAGGGUCAAAGAAAAGUUUUAGGAAAUACUCUGAUUCCAACUGACAGCCAGCAACACGUUAGCUUAGCUUAGCUCAGUUUUGCAUAACGACUGGAAACAGGUAGAAACAGUGAGCCUGGCUCCAUCUAAAAUCAGCCCACCACCCAGCCUACAUCUGUAUGUGGGGCUCUUAUAUGAGACUGUCCACAGAAUCCAUAUUGACCCCACACAGGUGUUUUCACCCAGGUGGGCUCCACGUCAGUACUGCUGGAGCUGCCUGGGUAGCAACAGUGAUGGGCCCAAAAUGGACGUCUUAUCUGGGGCUCACCUGGGUAAACAAACCGAUGUGGGGUCAGUAUGGAGCCUGUGGACAGUCCCACACAGGGGCCCCUUAUUCAGCCCACAUGGGCCCCACAUACAGAUGUUGGCUGGGCUGCACAUCUAAACAUCACUAACAUUUUAUAUGUCUUUGUUAAUAUGCACAAAAACCAAAGUGUAAAAAUGUCAGUUAUCUGAACAAGUUUAAAGAUGCACUGAUGAGACGGGGGGUCAGAGUAGUUGGGGGUUUGAUGCUUUGCUCAGAGGCACCUCAGCAGCCCCAGGAUCCUGAGCCGUCAGCUCUCUGGCUCCCAGUCCACAUCCAGUGUUUGGUCCAUUCAGGGACUUGAACUUGUGAGUCUCCUCAGACUGAGCUGCCGCCGCCCCGGGCUGUGAGCUUCAGACUGACCUCGUUUUAAAAACAGAGAACGAUGAUUUACUGUGACGGGUUUGUUUUUGUGACUGAACUGAAUCAUGAUUCAUAUACACAGUCUGAUCUUUGUAACCAUCAUCACUAUCUGUGAAGCAGCAGAGACAGGGAAACUAAAAAGCAACCAGAGUCUUUAUUUAGUAGCUUUUAAGAAACAGAGAUGUGUCUCAGCAUGAACUAAUCUCAGUGUACAAACACUAGGCAGACCUGUGUGAUCCUGGUGCACAGACUGACCCAGGUGUGUCUGACCCUCUGUUAAUGACAGAUAUCUGUGAGACAGACAAAGAUGAAAAAGAGAAAAAGACAAUAUUAUAACCUAAAAUAAAUCCGAUCUCACCAGACUAAAAUCUCAGAACCACAGAUUCACUCUUGAGUUUUUACACCUGUGUUCAGGUGAGAGUCUCACCAGGGGCAGGAUGUCUGUCCGUCUGUCCCAUUCUCGUCAACAGAUGUCAAGAACGGCUCGAGGGAGUUUCAUUCAAUUUGGCACAAACGUCCACUCUGACUGUAGAAUGAACUGAUGAGAAUUUUCUAUCCAAAAGGUCAAAGGUCAGCUUGACUGCGACAUCAUCAUGUUUUAACGUCAUAUCUCAGG